GAAUUCCAAACUGCACAGAAUGCUGAGUCUUCCCUCCAGCAGGACGCAUCAGACAGUGCCAGGAAGCGGACUUCUGUAAUUCACUGACAGCGCAUUUACAACGCGUCUCCUUGAGCUUUGCAACAAGCUUCGGGUAGGAAGGGAGUUGGGGCCGUGGCCAGCGCAGCUGGUAGACCGAGUCUGCGGACAAACUCGUGGGACCCUGGCCAUGUCGCCUUUAAUGCCCUGCCCCUUUACAUUGCCUUCUGAGGGUUUCCAAGGCUGGCUGGGAUUCCUUCCCUUCCGCGCUCUCUUUCUCACCCCCAACCAAACCCAGCGGGCAGGACUCCCCAGAGCCUAGACCUCUUGACUCUGCCCCCGCCCGAGGGUGGCCCUCGAGAGCCGGACUUCGCCCGGCCCUGGCUGGGACCAUGGUGUUUCUCUCUGGAAAUGCUUCCGACAGCUCCAACUGCACUCACUCACCCGCACCGGUAAACAUUUCGAAGGCCAUUCUGCUCGGGGUGAUCUUGGGGGGCCUUAUAAUUUUCGGCGUGCUAGGAAACAUCCUAGUGAUCCUCUCCGUGGCCUGCCACCGGCAUCUGCACUCGGUCACUCACUACUACAUCGUCAACUUGGCGGUGGCCGACCUUCUGCUCACUUCCACAGUGUUGCCCUUCUCGGCCAUCUUCGAGAUCCUGGGCUACUGGGCCUUCGGCAGAGUCUUUUGCAAUAUCUGGGCGGCAGUGGACGUCCUGUGCUGCACUGCGUCCAUUAUGGGACUCUGCAUCAUCUCCAUCGACCGCUACAUCGGCGUGAGCUACCCGCUGCGCUACCCCACCAUCGUGACCCAGAGGAGGGGGCUCAUGGCCCUGCUGUGCGUCUGGGCGCUCUCACUCGUCAUCUCUAUAGGACCUCUAUUCGGCUGGAGGCAGCCGGCCCCAGAAGACGAGACCAUCUGCCAAAUCACGGAGGAGCCAGGCUAUGUGCUCUUCUCCGCUCUCGGCUCCUUCUAUGUCCCUCUGGCCAUCAUCCUAGUCAUGUACUGCCGGGUUUAUGUGGUGGCCAAGAGGGAGAGUCGAGGCCUCAAGUCCGGCCUCAAGACCGACAAGUCGGACUCAGAGCAAGUGACGCUUCGCAUCCAUCGGAAAAAUGUCCCCGCAGGGGGCAGCGGAGCGUCCAGCUCCAAGAAUAAGACCAACUUCUCCGUGAGGCUCCUCAAGUUUUCCCGGGAGAAGAAAGCGGCCAAGACGCUGGGCAUCGUGGUCGGCUGCUUCGUCCUCUGCUGGCUGCCUUUUUUCUUAGUGAUGCCAAUCGGGUCUUUCUUCCCUGAUUCCAAGCCUUCAGAAACUGUUUUUAAAAUAGCAUUUUGGCUCGGAUACCUAAACAGCUGCAUCAACCCCAUCAUAUACCCAUGCUCCAGUCAAGAGUUUAAAAAGGCGUUCCAGAAUGUGUUGAGAAUCCAGUGUCUCCGCAGAAAGCAGUCCUCCAAACAUGCUCUGGGCUAUACCCUCCACCCACCCAGCCAGGCCUUGGAGGGGCAGCACAAGGAUAUGGUGUGCAUCCCAGUGGGAUCAGGAGAAACCUUCUACAAGAUCUCCAAGACGGAUGGGGUCUGUGAAUGGAAGAUUUUCUCUUCCAUGCCCCGUGGAUCUGCCAAGAUUACCGUACCCAGAGAACAAUCAGCCUGCACCACAGCCCGGGUGAGAAGUAAGAGCUUUUUGCAGGUCUGCUGCUGUGUGGGGCCCUCCACUCCCAGCCUGGAAGAGAACCAUCAAGUUCCAACCAUUAAGAUGCACACUAUCUCCCUCAGUGAAAAUGGGGAGGAAGUCUAGAGGACAGGAAAGGUUAGAAGGAAGGGAGGAUAAUCUUAGGUAUCCAUUCCACUUCCCACCCAGACAGCCAG